AGUGCAGCUCUGGGGCUUUUUGUGCUUUCAAACAUUUACUCUGGCUCCAUCUACUGGGAGAAAAUAUUGGACUGACCAGUAUCUAGGCUAGACUGAGUUCAGAGGCAGAGAGGAGAGGAGACAACCAAAAUAGCUCAUCGAGGCCCAUAUUUAUUUGUCCCCCGCAUCGGAAUGUGGCUUAUUUCGUCAUCAGUUGACACCUUUGAGGAAUGAUGGCUUCAGGGAUUCAUCGGAAUUUCAGAUUUCCAUGUAUUGCUGAAAUUGCUCCCCACCUCAACUAGUAUAGUGACAGCAGCAGCAGCAGCAGCAGCAGCAGCAGCAGCCAGGAGCGGAGCCCUGUUGUCCCGUGGAUCUAUCACGGUACCGAGGCGAGAUACGGAUGGAACAUGGCUGCUAUGAGGACUUUAACCGUGGCAGGUCUCUUUUUGGCAUUUUGCGCGUUGGGACUGAUAGCAGUGGCGAUCAGCACGGACAACUGGUACGAGACUGAUGCGAGGAGGCACCGGGAGCGCUGCAAGAAUUACUCAAACAAAAGAAACGAUCCCGGCUACAUUUACAUCUCCAACAACAACCUUCCACUUCGCAUGUUGCCAAAAGAGAGAAAUGUGGAGUGGAGGAGCGGCGAGACGCUGCUGCGGGCUAAGCGGCACUUCUUGCCUCCUGCCCCGGCCAUGGAGUCCCUCUGCAGUCGGCAGUUCAACUCCACCAUCACCGGGCUGUGGAGAAAGUGCCACCGAGGGGGAUUUGACUUGGAGAUAGAGGAUUUUAUCUUUAAAGGAUUGGUUCCACGCUGCACACGAAUAAAAUACUACUACUCAUCUUCAACGCUGCCCAAAAACCUGCCAAUCACUCUGACUAAGACAAUAAGGCAGGAUGAGUGGCACGCGCUCCACCUCCAGAGGAUGACUGCCAGUUUCAUAGGCAUGGCCAUAUCCAUCAUCCUGUUCGGAUGGGUCAUAGGCGUGCUGGGCUGCUGCAAGGAGCAUGAUCUGAUGCAGUAUGUGGCCGGACUCCUCUUCCUCAUGGGAGGGACAUGCUGCAUUAUCUCCCUCUGCACAUGUGUGGCUGGCAUCAACUUUGAACUGUCCCGCUAUCCUCGCUACAUGUUUGGAAUACCAGAGGACAUCAGUCACGGUUAUGGCUGGUCCAUGUUUUGUGCCUGGGGCGGACUGGGCCUGACGCUGCUGGCUGGCUUCCUGUGCACACUCGCUCCUUCCCUCUACCCUCCACACACCCCAGUGGUGCACAAGCCCAGGCCAGAGAACGGAUGUGUGUGACAGGCCGAUGCACAUCUAACAGACACCUGUCUCAUCCUGAAGCCGUGACGAGCCCUGCUCCACAGACAGUUACACACAGGGACUCAGGAAAGCCUUCACACAGCUUGGCACAGAGAAAGCACAGGACUCUCGCUCACAUGAAAAUAAAAAGAGGAGACAUUUGGCUGAAGACGAUUUCAGUUCCUCUGGUGCUUUCCCCCUGUCCUCUCUUUACGAAUGAACUGUUCAGUGUUAAUUGCUUGCUCUUCAAGGGGAUAAUAGUUAUACAAAAUGUCCUCCUGUAAAGUCUGCCAGUGGGAGAAGAAAAAAAGAGAAAAAUAAACACUGGCAGACAAUCAAUAGCACAACUUUGAAAUCUGUAUCAAAAUAUGGAUGUGUAACGUCACAAAAGGGCAACUGUGUAUCAUUAUGUACCCAUUUAAAACAAUUAUGUACAUGUACUUUUUGAAUUGUAUGCAGAUGCAUUUGUGUUUAUUCAAG